AUGUAUCCAAGGAUUAUAGAGCAUGUUGAACCUUUAGCUUAUGUGAAAGAUCAGUCCAACCUCAGCAGCAUUGAGGCAACAGCUGCCUCCAAGACAACUUGGCUGAUCCCCAUUGUCGUUACCAUCGGCGGUCCCUUAUUUGGCUACGACACGGGCUAUAUCUCCGCCGUUCUAGUCACAAUUGAAUCAUCUCUCGGCCAUGUCCUUACCUCGAGUGAACAGGAAACGGCGACAUCCUUCACAAGUGGCGGCGCUCUGGCUGGCGCAGUAGGAGCUGGUCUCACUGCUGAUCGAUUUGGUCGUCGUUAG